GGCGGCGGCGGUGCACCUUGAACAUGAACCCGGCACAUGCAUCCAUGUCGGCUCGUACACUAAAAUAGCCGAAACACGGAUCUCGCGCAGCUCCUGUUUCGUUUGCGGCAACAUUUUCUUGGCCCACUUCCUGGAUCGAACCUUGGCAGGUCACACAGGAGGGACUCAAGCUCUUCUGUCCAGCGCUGGCUUGUGUGGAUAUUUUUGUUUCACAUGCUGCAUUAGGAAAGAGCGUCUCUUUGAAUUAUGAUAAAUUAAAAAGCAACAACUUAAGUUUAUGUUAAAAUUUCUGUUUGGAGCUUAGAGUGGUUUUUGUCUGUGGAAAAUCCCCCAAAAGAGACGAACACGUGAUCCCGUCCAAACGGGAACUGGAGGUCAUGGGUAUUUUUAGUGGUCCUUAUCCAUUCACCCAUCAUGGCGAGUGAUAUGGUUUUACUGAUGCGAGGCUUGGCUAAACUGAGCCAGGCAGUGGUGGAGACUCAGACCAACGCCUUGCGAAAUGGAACAGCUGUUCAAGGAGUCGGUACUGCGGUGGAGAGUGUGCAGGCAGCGGCGGAGCAAGGCCUGUCUGCUGCUAUGAUGAAAAUACAGGAGUUGUCAGGUCAACAGCAAACCUCAUCAGAGUCGGAGUUUGACUUUCCUCAGGAGGAGGCUGAAUUCACAGCCUCCGAGUUUCGGGAGGAAGGCAUGGACGCAGAGGCAGAUUGCUCAAGAAGCAGUGCCGACGAAGCACCGGGUGUUGGCGGGACGCAGUCGGUGUUCCAGGGGUACAAGGAUCCCAGCAAGCAGUUUGGUGGUCACAGCAGAUCGUACCACCAAGACGCCAGGCAUUUCUUUGGGCACCCUCUCUACAACCACGAGCUGAACCGGCGCAUCUGGCAGAAGGUCUAUUUUCAGCCGGGUCAGUUCAGGAACUAUCACCAGGACCCCCCUUCAAUGGAGGGGCUGACGGCUGAAGACAUAGCAAAAACCGGCCAGAGCAAAAGAGGGGACUCAAAGCCUCACAAACAGAUGCUGAGUGAGAGAGCCAGAGAGAGGAAGGUGCCCGUGACCCGGCUCAGCAGACUGGCUAACUUCGGAGGGCUAGCUGUGGGUUUGGGCAUUGGCGCGCUUGCAGAAGUUGCCAAAAAGUCAAUUGGAUUCAACGGUGCUUCAGGGGAAAAUAAGAAAUCAGUUCUGGACUCGAGCCCUUUCCUGUCCGAGGCCAAUGCAGAGCGCAUCGUCCGAACGCUGUGCAAAGUCAGGGGAGCAGCCCUGAAGCUUGGACAGAUGCUCAGCAUUCAAGAUGAUGCCUUCAUUAAUCCACACUUGGCCAAGAUUUUCGAGCGCGUCCGACAGAGCGCCGACUUCAUGCCAAUCAAGCAAAUGACAAAAGCACUAAACAGUGACUUGGGUCCAAAUUGGAGAGACAAGCUGGAGUUUUUCGAGGAACGUCCGUUUGCAGCAGCUUCCAUUGGGCAGGUUCACCUGGCGAGGAUGAAGGACGGCAGAGAGGUGGCCAUGAAAAUACAGUAUCCUGGUGUGGCUCAGAGUAUCAACAGUGACGUUAACAACUUGAUGACCGUGCUGAAUAUGAGCAAUGCUCUGCCUGAAGGUCUGUUUCCUGAACAUUUGAUUGAUGUCAUGAGAAAAGAGCUGGCGCUGGAGUGCGACUAUAUUCGAGAAGCCCAGUGUGCAAAGAAGUUCAGAGAGCUGCUGAAGGACGAUCCCUUCUUCUUUGUACCGGAAGUAAUCGAUGAGCUGAGCAGCAAACUUGUCCUGACUACAGAGCUUGUUCCCGGGUUUCCCUUGGACAAGGCUGAGAGCCUCUCACAGGAACUGAAGAAUGAGAUCUGCCAGAACAUCUUGCUGUUGUGCCUGAGAGAGCUCUUUGAGUUCAGAUACAUGCAGACCGACCCGAACUGGUCCAACUUCCUCUAUGACCCUCAGACUCACCGGGUGGCACUGCUGGACUUCGGAGCCACAAGAGGUUUUGAUCAAAGUUUCACCGACAUCUACAUCGAGAUUAUCCGUUGUGCUGCUCAGGGCAACAGAGAAGGAGUUCUGAAGAAAUCUAUUGAGAUGAAAUUCCUCACUGGAUACGAGUCCAAGGCCAUGACAAACGCCCAUGUUGACGCCGUGAUGAUCCUCGGCGAGGCCUUUGCCUCCUACGAGGUCUUCGACUUUGGCUCUCAGUCCACCACUGAGCGGAUCCACAACCUCAUCCCAGUCAUGCUCAGACACCGGCUCACGCCUCCUCCGGAGGAGACGUACUCGCUGCAUCGCAAGAUGGGCGGCUCCUUCCUCAUCUGCUCCCGCUUGAAUGCAAAGCUGAGCUGCAAGGAUAUGUUUGAAACUGCUUAUCGAAAUUACUGGGAAGGCCGCAGGCCCACCCCCUUCUGAAAUCGAGCUAACCGGAAGCUUUGACGGACUAUUAGUGGGGGAAGAGUGGAAGCCAUGUUUGUCUGAUUGAACACUGGUCUUUACUGUUAUGGACAAAAAAGAGUGGGGUUUAGAGCAUAUAAUAUUCAGAUUUUAUAUCUCUUUCUACAAAAACAAAAAUCAAGAGGAAACCUGUCAUCUGCAUUGUAUUCAGCUAAACGCACAUGAAGACGUGGCUCCAGGAGAAAAACAUGAAUGUAAAGAGGUUGGAAUUGUAUUUCUUUUCUGAUCAUUUCAAAACGAUGUGCAUUUUUUUCUGUUCCUUUUCUGUUUGGAUUGCUUUGUUUAACUCUUAAGCUAACUUGUCCAAGGUACUUUUUAUUUCUUAGAAGUAAGAAAUUAAGAGUUCGUUUUGCUUUAACAAUUUGAGGGGAGUGCGAGUCUCAGUACAAACCAGGACCAACGUGUCUGAAUCACAUGGAGUCGAUUGGAUCGCUUCCUACUGAACAGAGGGGCUGAUGGGAAUUAUUAUUUUUGUCAUGGAUGUCAGUUUAAGCCCAACAAGGUCUGACUCCUAAUGUGUAAAUGUAGUAGAUAGACAUCUGCAUUAUUUGAGUGUACAGAUUGAUCAAUAGCUGUUAAUGAAUUUUAUCUCGAUUUAUUUUUACCAUUUUUGUUUUAAACUGUUCUUUUAGUUUAACAAGUGUCUGUAAAUUCUUAAAGAUUUCUAGGUAAAGCAUCAAUUCACUCAGAUUGUGUCACCUGAUAACAUCUAGUGAUUUCCAAUUUAGGGUUAUGGAAAAAACCCUUUAAAUGAUCAUGGACCACAUCAAGAGUUCAGUUAAAGAAGAAGAGGAAGUCACAGGAAUUCUGUGUUUUGUAGUUCUGAGUAAAUAUAGGACUGGGAUCCAUAGUGGUCCAUGUCACAUCAGCACAUCAUUUUACAGUAACGUCAGGGAAUGAAAGAGCAGAACGCACAAGAUGGGCUUGUGGAUUUACUGACACGUCGUUUAUCUGUCCAUGCCUCCUCGGGUAUAAGUUCACCGCCACAACCUGCCGCCUGGUUGGUGUUCUCUGCCUGCCAUUGAUCUUUUGGGAGAAGAAGCUAAAGAAAAAAUGUGCCUGUUGUUUCCAGCUGAGAGUUUUAGAUAGAAAUGUUGACUUUCUAUAAACUGAAAGUUGGAAUAAAAUAUCUUUUGAAUUAA